AUGAAAGAUAGAAGAGAGCAAUCAUCAACAACUAAAAGAAGAUCGAGAUCAAGGUCUGACUCAGGUGAGAGAAGGAGGGCUAGGAAUAGAGAUAGAGAUGGCAAGGACUCAGAGGAACAGCAUAGAAGGUAUAUUCUGAUAUCUAAAAAUUGUCAAUAAGAUUGUAGAUCAGAAAAGUACAGAGAUGACCACUAUCGUCACUCCUCUAGGGAUGAUAGUGGUGCCAGAAGUAGUCGUGAUUCAAGGCAUGAAGAUAGUAAUAGUAGUAGAAGAAGAGAGUCUGAAAGACAUGGACGAGAUGGCUAUUCUGAGAGGAACAGAGAUAGAGACAGAAGACCUACAGGGUCUACUAUGAUCAGCUCAGGAAUGACUCCAUUAUUCUUCAAAGGAUCAGAGGGUGCAACUAUUAAGCCUUUUAUCCCGUCACAAUCCCGCGCUUCUUAAAACUCCUCAGACUAGCUAACAUCGGAUUUGUUUAAGACACCAAACAGCAGUAACCCACUUAACAAUAAAUCCAAUGGGAAAUAAAGCGCAGUUUAAGAUGAGUCAAAGAUGAGUAGAGUUGACUUAAGUAAUGCUAAGGAUAGUGAAGAGUUCGCAUUCAUGAAGUACUAAGAUGAGUUUACAGCGUUUGAAUGGGAGCAAAGAGAGAAGGAAAUGGACAGAGCUUGGUAUGAUGCUGAUGAGGAUUCAAACAUCAGAUAUGGUAAUGGACAGGACCCAUUUGAAGAGUUCUUAGGAGGGCCCUCUGCAGAAGAGGAAAAAAUGAAUGCUGAGGAAUUACUGAGAAAGAAAAAGUAAUUGAGUCAGCCGAUAUCUAAGAAGAGUUUGAACUCAGCUGAUCAUGACAAGUGGGAAAUGGACAGAUUAAUGAGGUCAGGAGUUGUUGAGUACAGAGAUGGUAACAGACAAGGAGACAUGCUAAUGGAAACUGAUGAGGAGCGAGUCAUCCUACUAGUUCAUGACUUGAAGCCACCCUUCCUAGAUGGUAGAAUAGUAUUCACUACUCAGACUGAGCCCAUCUAGGUUGUUAAGGAUCCCACUGGUGAUUUCUAUCAAGUCUGCAAAAAGGGCAGUUAGGUGCUGAGAAUGAUUAGAGAAGUCUAAAAUAGAGAAGCCAUGAGAGAGAAAUUCUGGGAACUGACUGAUAAAACCAGACUUGGAAGUCUUCUCAAGAUUAAUAAGAACAUUGACAAACUAGAAAACUCUAAUGCCCCUGGAAGGAAGAUUCUUGAGUAAUCAAGUAAAAGGCAAGAGGAAGAAGUAGACUAUAAAACUGACAGUUAAUAUGGAGCAGCAAUGAGAGCUAAGAAUGAAGCAGUGAGUGACUUUGCCAAAUCAAAGACAAUAAAAGAGCAGAGAGAGUACCUGCCAGUAUAUUCAGUCAGAGAUGAGCUAUUAACAGUCAUUAGAGACAACAAAAUAGUAAUCAUUGUGGGAGAGACUGGCAGUGGCAAAACUACAUAGCUUACAUAGUACUUGCAUGAGGAUGGAUAUUCUAAAGAGGGUCUGAUCGGUUGCACUUAGCCAAGAAGAGUGGCUGCAGUUUCAGUGGCCAAGAGAGUUGCUGAGGAGAUGGGAGUGGAGCUCAGCUCUAAAGUUGGGUAUUCCAUCAGAUUUGAGGACUGCACUUCCAAAGAGACCAUUAUCAAGUACAUGACAGAUGGUGUAUUGCUGAGAGAGUCUUUGAUAGACUCAGAACUGAACUAGUACAGCGCCAUAGUAAUGGAUGAAGCUCAUGAAAGAUCACUUAACACUGAUGUGCUCUUCGGUAUUUUGAAGAAGGUAGCAUAGAAGCGCAGAGACAUUAAGCUUAUCAUUACAUCAGCCACAAUGAAUGCUGAGAGAUUUGCCGACUUCUUUGGAAAUGUACCCAUUUUCACCAUUCCUGGUAGAACUUUCCCAGUUCAGUAAUAUUUCUCUAAAACAAUCCAAGAGGACUAUGUAGAUGCAGCUGUCAAACAAGCACUUACUAUUCAUCUUCAAAAUGGACCUGGAGACAUUCUAAUAUUCAUGACAGGACAAGAGGAUAUAGAGGCCACUUGCUAUUUAAUUGCAGAGAGAUUGUAGAAACUGGAAGGAGUGACACCAAUGCUAGUAUUGCCUAUUUACUCUUAAUUGCCCAGUGAUGUACAAGCUAAGAUAUUUGAAGCUAGUGAGUUCAGAAAGUGUGUGGUAGCCACUAAUAUUGCUGAGACUAGUCUUACUUUAGACGGUGUGAAGUUUGUUAUCGAUACAGGACUCUGUAAGUUAAAGGUCUAUAACCCAAAGAUUGGUAUGGAUGCUCUUCAAAUAACACCAAUAUCCUAAGCUAAUGCUAAUUAAAGAUCAGGUAGAGCAGGUAGAACUGGCCCAGGAAUAUGCUACAGACUCUAUACAGAUACUUGCUAUAGAACUGAACUGCUUGAGAAUAAUAUUCCAGAGAUCCAGCGUACCAAUCUCUCCAAUGUUGUUCUCUUGCUUAAAUCACUUAAUGUUGAUAACCUUUUGGAAUUCGACUUCAUGGACCCACCUCCAUAGGAAACCAUUUUGAAUAGUAUGUAUCAGUUAUGGAUUUUGGGAGCUCUAGAUAACACUGGCAAUCUAACUGAACUUGGUCGUAAAAUGGUCGAGUUCCCUCUUGAUCCACCUCUCAGUAAAAUGCUUAUUAUGAGUGACUAGUUCGGUUGCAGUCAAGAGAUUCUUACCAUAGUGAGCAUGCUAUCUGUUCCUUCGAUCUUUUUCAGACCUAAAGGGCGUGAAUAAGAGAGUGAUGCUGCCAGAGAAAAAUUCUUUGUUGUUGAGUCUGAUCAUCUGACACUUCUUCACGUCUAUGAUUAGUGGAAGAUGCAUAAUUAUGAUUAAGAAUGGGCAACUAAGCACUUCGUUCAUGGCAAGGCUCUCAAGAAAGUCCGUGAAGUCAGAUCCCAAUUAUUGGAUAUAAUGAAGUAGUUAAAGAUGGAGAUGAAUAGUGUUGGCACAGACUGGGACUAAGUUAGGAAAGCCAUUUGCUCAGGAUAUUUCCACAAUGCUGCUAAGAUUAAAGGCAUAGGUGAGUAUGUCAACUUAAGAACAGGUAUACCUUGCGUGUUACAUCCUUCCAGUGCUAUAUAUGGCUUAGGAUUUACACCUGACUAUGUAGUUUAUCAUGAGCUCGUAAUGACCACUAAAGAGUAUAUGCAGUGUGUGACAGCAGUUGAUCCACAUUGGCUAGCUGAAAUGGGGCCUAUGUUCUUCUCAGUUAAGGAGGCAUAUGGUUAGAAUAGUAAUGUCUUGAAAAGAGACAUUGAGAAGAAAGGUCUCAGAGAAAUGGAAAAAGAGAUGGAGGCAGAAAUCAGAAGAAAGACUGAGGAUGUGAGAAAUCAUCAGAAGAUGCUGACUGAGCAGCUUCAAAGGCAGACUGGAAAGCAAAUUAACUCAUCUGGUGGUAUUUAAACUGACAUCAUUUACCCAGGCCUCAAUAAAGGCCUUAAGAAGACUACUCCUAGAAUUGAAUAUGGGAAGAAAUUUGAUUGA